UGCACCCAUGGGGGAGGGGGGCCCAGGACCAAGCUGUAGAGGAGAGAGUUAGUUAGUUAAUUAGUUAGUUAACUACUUACUAGUACUAGCUAGUUUAUCUUCGUCUUACAUGUUGUCGUUACUCUGCUGUUCUGAAUUCAAAAUACCCGGAGGAUGACUUGGAGGACAGGUACCUACAGUAGGAAGCUACUGGACACAGAGGAAGGUCUCACUGAAGUGUGGCAGCCCAGACAGGGGUUGGCCACCCCCCCAGAGGGAGGGGCUAAGACCAAUGUAGACAAACUAAAGGACCAAAUGGUCCUGUUCUCCGCUAACUCCUCACCCUCUUGUAUGGAGCUGGCCAAUAGGAUCGCAGAGAGACUGGGAGUAGAGCUGGGCAAGACUGAAGUCUACCAGGAUUCUAAUGGAGAAACGCGUAUCCAGAUCCAGGAGUCGGUCAGAGGGAAAGACGUCUACAUCAUCCAGACCAUCUCACCGGAUGUGAACCGGUGCCUGAUGGAGCUGUGUGUGAUGGCGUAUGGGUGUGUGACGGCGUGUGCGAGGAGUGUGUGUGGCGUGCUGCCGUACCUACCCUACAGUAAACAGUGUAAGAUGAGGAAACGGGGAUCCAUCGUCUGUAAGCUGAUCGCCUCUCUGAUGUGCAGGGCAGGUCUGACCCAUCUCAUCACUGUGGAUCUUCAUCAGAAGGAGAUUCAGGGCUUCUUCAACAUCCCAGUAGACAACCUGAGAGCUUCUCCCUUCCUACUGCAGUACAUACAGGAGGAGAUUCCAGACUACCAUAAUGCCGUACAUACAUUAGGAGUGUCUACAAGAGAGGUGAGUUACUCUGUCAGAUCUCCAGUCUCUAAGAGGGCCCAGUCCCUCGCCGAAAGGUUGCGUGUGUCUAUUGCUGUGAUCCACGGAGAUGCAGAGACGGACCUGCUGGACGGACGGCACUCUCCUCCGACAGUCAGAACCACCGGAGGUCUACCUGAACUACCCUGUAAGAGACACACAGUUCCCUGUAAGAGACACACAGUUCCCUGUUAG